AUAGAUAUAAUUAAACCAAACAUUUAUGAAACUAUUCAAGAUGAUAUACUUGAAUUGCAACAUAUUCAAGAAGCCAUUCAUGAUGACAUGACUGAAUUUCAUACUCAAGAAACUGUCCAGGUUGAUAUUUCUUUUGCAAACUCUUAUGAUGAGGUGACAGCAGAAAUAUGCUAUUUUAUAAACCAGGAGGCUGUGCAAAAUUUUUCGGACCAAAUAUGGCAAGGUAUAGAGACUUGCACAGCAGGCAGCACAGCUUGCAUUGAUAAUACUUAUAGUAAUAAAGAAAAUGAACCUAUACAAAUUAAAAAUCCAUCAGUAUCACGACGCAAAGAACGUCCAGAAACAAAAAGAUACAAAUCAUUAUUAGAAAAGAA